GGAGGCCAUUUAACGAAGGUGGUGGGUUCAAAAUACAAAACCCACACAUACGCACACGGCACUCGAGUUGGGGUGGAGUGCCGCCACCAAGAGCUGCCGUGGGGUCGUUAGUUGUUGGUGGAAUGAAAAUAAAACAUGCUCGAUCGAUUUUGCCAAGCAAGCGCGAGUUUUAUGCUGCGUCGUCGGGAGCGAGCAUAAUAGGGAGGAGAAGAAGGGAGGAGGUAACCGUACACUUUCUUGCUCUCUCUCUCUCUCGCUCGCUCUCGCUCUACUCUAGCCCUUUUGGAGGCGCGCUUGGCCACGGACGGGGGGGGGAGUAGAUGACGGCUCACUAUUUUUAUGUGGCCGAGAAAGACUGACGCUCUAUCUCCAUCUAUUCCUCGCUUCAAUCUGCUCCCUCGUAGAGCAGUUUUGUUGUGUGGAGAUGGAUCGAAAUUCAAGUACAUCUUCGCUAUCCCCACCGCAACACUGCCACCCGUGUUGGGCGCUUCCCACAAGAACCGCGUGCACCAACACCAACUACUUAAGGGAAAACGCAUUGCAAGCAGUGAAGUGGCUUCUGGUUGUGAAUGUGGAAAGUGUUGGGCUGGCGAGAGAGGACUCUUACAGAGCGUGUCUGGUGGUGGAUGAUGGGGAUUGGACAGGAAGGGAUGCAUCUUUCUUCACUGUGUCUCUACCAUUUUCAAAACAGCACACUUCCGCACGAUCCGAUGUGUUCCAUAUAUGGUGGCCUAUGUUGGGGAAUGAACUAUUAACUAGUUUUUCCUGUACUCUAUGCACACACACACAGACGUGUCCGUGCACAGACGCACACACACACACACCAACCUCAAACACACAUGUGCGCAGGCAGUUGUGGUAUCUGCCUGUGAGCGCUGUGGAACGGAGAGUUCCUUCAACUUUCAAAGUCGCCAGCGUCAGCAAACCUCCGAUGCCGCCGCAAACCAGAGCAAAAUCGGGUGGUGGUUCGUUGUUUUGUUUUUCGUUUUCUUUCGAUUUUCCUUCACUUGUACGCGCGAUGCAUUUUAUGCUAUUUUAUGCGGUGGAAGUUUCAUCGCCGUCGUCUUGUUUGUUUCAUUUAACGCUAACGUUUGCCAAAAACGGUUGGCGUGUGGUGUGGUCAACCCUCUUCGCGAACGGGUUAUGUCUUGAGGUUAUUGUUUUUCGUUUUAAUGCAUUUUGAAUAUUUAACUGUCGUAAACAACAUUUUUGAUGCGGCUUGUGGUUGCCUAAUGGUGAUUUUCCAACAAAAACCUGUAAUGGAGAUCGGUCUCCAUCAGCAGAUCACCAAUGGAUAUAGUGCUUGAUCAGCAGAUAUAUUUCACUUUAAGGCAGGCGUGGACUAAGAAUUUCGAAUUUAGAUAAUGAUUAGUGAAUUUAAUACAAACGAAUCUGAUUGAUAAGUCGCUAGUGUAAGAUGGGUUAAUAAUAUACUAUAGUGACUCAGCUAUUUAAAUUCCUACAUCCAAGAAGCAUUCUACAAAAAUAUGGGUAUGGGUUCUGUUCCGGCAGUUAGCUGGGACCUUAACUCUGCCUGGGCUAAAAAAAAUUGGAUGUGGUCUUUUGGAAGAAGUUUUUCUAGCAAAUUAUAUUGGAAGUUGCUGAGAGGUCUUCAACCAUCAGCUACUCAUUCUCCAUGAUUUAUCACAUGGUCGCUAUAGUCUCAAAGAUGGACGUCGAAUUUUAGCAAACAAUGUCCAUCUGUCCAGAACGUUCUUCACCAUUUAUUGUUUAUUUUCAUUAUUUCAAGCCUAAUUGCUAAGACACUUAACAGUUAUAAGGACAUGUCUGGUUAAUGACGAUUACUGAUACAAUUAUAUUCACGGCACAUACGGAGAAAGGGAUCAAAUGUACCAAAACUGGUUCGGCGAUCCCCUACGUCAAGCAGCGUCCUUGGGCGAAGCGGCCUGGUUGGGACGUAUUAGUUGAGCCCAGAGAGUAGUGUUUGGGGAGUCGAUCCGGAAGUCCAAAAGUCCCGCAACAAAUAGUCUCUGGGCGUUGCAGUUACGCUGGUUCAGCGACUCGAUGCCCAAAAGCGCACAGCGAGUGUCUUAGUCCAUUUGGACCCUCCAGAGGCGCAAUGCGAACCGGGUGAAUUUGCGCUGGACGGAUUCCAAACGGGCUAGGGGCCGAGCAGCAGAUGGCCACCAUACAAUGGAGGCAUACUCUAGCACCGAUCGAACCAAGGAGCAGUAGAGCGUCUUGAUGAAGACCGGAUCCGUGAAGUCGCGAGUAAGUUGCUUAAGCAAGCCUAUCAGCUGGUUGCCCUUGGUGACGACGUGUUCGAGCUGUUCGUGGAAGCUCAGCUUCUCAUCGAGGAGUACUCCUAAAUCCCUAACACAGCUUUUGCGGACAAUAGCAGAACCGUUUAAUGUGUAGUCGUACACCAGAGGACAGCGCUUUUUCGUGAACGUUACGACAACACACAAUUCAAGACCAUUCUCUGAACACCAGGAUUGGAAUGAACAAAGUGUAGCUUGCAGCCGGAGUUGGUCGAAGCGGUCUUGGAUCGACAGGAAUAGCUUCGCAUCGUCAGCAAACAGAUCGACAUUUAGAUAAAUACUCUCACGCUGGAUUCAAGUUCCACAUAGAUGAAGACGUUUAAGUCUCGAUUUUUCCUGUCACAUUUCAGCUAAAAAUUGCAGUGAAUGUAUUCUUGAACUUGGUUGUAAGUUAAAUAUUAUUUUAACAUAACAUUAAAGUAGUAAUUUGUCAUCUUUAAAGAGUUGUUAAUUUUUUUCUCCCAAUUACACCUCGGCGGUAUUGGAAUUGGUGUUAAACUCUUUUUUUUUGUUGUCGUUAGCGGCUGGAUGAGUUUUUCGCACAGAAUGUGCAACUGGACCAGUCCAACAGUAUCCAUCGGGAAAUGCUUGCAUUGUCUAUCAAACUAAGCAAAUACUCACACUUACAUGUGAAUUAAUGCUGGAAUCCACCCCACCACGGUGAGACUAACGAUUGCUCCAGGAAUUGCGUUUAGUUCCUGCUGGAAGGGCAAACCGUACUAAUGUCCGCACUAAACCCAACUCUGCAACUAGCGCUGCUAGUGGUGCUAUCAUCGGCUCUAGCAGUGUCGAGGGCGUUGGACACCGAUCGUGCCAAACCACGACAGCGACGUUUUCUAAUCUUUCCACGUGCCAAUCCACAACGUUUGCAGCUGAUCGGUGGUUUCGGUAUACCAGCGGACAUUCAGCUCGAAUCGAUCACGAUGGGAUACGUGUUUAAGUCGGUGUAUCUGUUACCGUGGAACUCGUCCCACUGGAUACCACCGUUCCUGGAUCGUCACGAGUUUGAGACAGAACGUCAUGCUGUUCGUAGGCGCGAAACCCCGCUAGUGAUAGCGCCUCACAAGCUGUACGAACGUUACGACUCUGAACCUAAGUGGCAGGAGCAGCCUUUGGAGGAAUCUGCCGAGCAAGAAUCCGACGGCACAUCCCGAUCCCGAUGGACUUUCUAUCGCGUGCUAGAACAACUGUUUGACCAGAAAGGUUUGGCUGGUCGGAGUUGUGUUUUGCGUGCUAUAUGUGAAUCUUCCGAGGCUAGCUUUACACAUACGAGUGGAUUGAUAGGGGAACUGUUGCACAUUGCCUUUACACCUUCAUCCACCGGUGAUGUUCACGUGGAACCUCAUCACACACUUUACCGUCAGGCGGAAGCGGUACCAGGGCUGAUGAGUGCCACCAAGAGUGGCAAGUCUGUGUGUGCUGACAUGUAUGCCGAGUGUAAACUAUCGCUGCUGGAUUCUUUUUCGAACGUUUUCGGUGGAAUAAUGAAUGGUGUGUGACGAAUAUUGUUUAUGCUCCAAUAAAAAUAUAUCUUUAGUAGCUCCUUUAUCCUUUUCAAUUUAUUUUUACCAGUAUCGAAUGCCAAACUCAGCUAGACUUUGUUAUCUUGGUCUUGAUAUUCUGUUAAAGUCCCUGAUGUUGUGCUGUUGGCUUCCUCUCCAAUAUUUCGAUCUUUCUGGUGGACGCAUCUACGCAAUUGAAGCAUAAUACACCUCCUCUGUCCAAGUGCUAGUCGUUCCAAAUAGCUCUAGCCAUGGGCAGCUCAGAAUUUGCUCGAUCCUUUGAAGAUAUUUUGUAGAAGAGCUUUAAACCAAUCUUGUCUUCUACGUCAUCAGCGUAAACCUGGAUUUACUUACAGAAGAUGGUGUCCAAAGACUUCACCUUGGAUGAACCUCUUUAGUGUCUGGUUAAAGCGGAUAAAGUUUAUCUUUCGCUGAUAUCAAGUGCGGCCUGAGAGUUUUCCAUCUACCUUCACCUGACGUGUAAAGUUGGUAUAGCAAACUUGCUCAGCUUUACCAGGAUAUCAAGAGAACUUAUAUGGACCUAGCUUAUUCUUCUUCCUUGGUACUACAACCUCGAGAGGUCUCGG